AUGGCGGCUAGGUAUUUCCGAAACGCAUUGGCACUGGUAGGACUAGUAGUAGUGCUGGUGGCUCUCAAUCUCUCAGUGAGAGCCACGUUAGCAUUCAGCUUCUCAAGCUCCGAGCAGGGGGGGGUGAUGUGGUCGUUCGACUGCGACUGGAAGGGCAACGACAUUGACCGAGCCGCCGGCAUGGGCGACACGUGCGGAAAGCAGUGCCUCGAUCGCGCGGAUUGCACGCAUUGGACGUGGACGGCCGAAAAUGGCGGCUCGUGCUGGCUCAAAGGGGCAAUCAACGCGACAGAAUUGGUCGCCGCCAAUGGCACGUCGUGCGGUUACCGCGUUACCGACAGCGCGACCGGCAACCCGUACACGGGAGUCCAGCAGUACCUCAACCCCGAGUACAAGGCAAGCGUAGAAGCCGCGAUGCGCGCCGCGACUCCCGGGGAUGCGCCGUUUUUCGCGAGCGUGGCGGAGCAUCCGACGGCCGUGUGGCUCGACACGAUGGCGAAGCUCGACGCCAUCCAGGGCCACCUGGACGCCGCAGCGGCUCAGGCGGGGGGAAACCCGAUUCUCGUGCAAUUCGUGAUCUACGACCUCCCGGGCCGCGACUGCAAGGCGUGGUCGUCCAACGGGGAGAUUCCCAAGGGCGGCCUCGACACGUACAAGGCCAAGUACAUUGAUGUUGCCGUGGCGCGCCUUAAAAACAAGGCGGCGAACGUGCGUCUGUCGCUCGUGAUCGAGCCCGACUCGCUGCCCAACAUCGCGACCAACAUGGGCACGAAUCGGUGCGACGCGACGACGGAGCAGGAAUACAUGGAGGGCGUCGCGUAUGCCAUCGCGGAGCUCUCGCAGAUCCCCGACACCACGCUCUAUCUCGACUCCGGCUUCGGCGGCUGGCUCGGGUGGCCGGAAGUGAUGAAGCGCGUCAUGGCGGUGUACAUGAAAGUCCUCGCGCGCGCGCGGCAGAUCCGCGAGAACGCCAAGAUCCGCGGCUUCGCGUCCAACGUGGCCAACUACAGCCCGCUCUUCGCGUCCGACGACGGCUGCCCGGCGUCGGAGAAAUGCCCGCUCGCACAGAACCCGAGCACGGGCGAAAUGAACUAUGACUGGAACCCGUGCAUUGACGAGAACCGCUUCACCGCGCGCCUCAAUGCGUUCCUGGGGGCCGCGGGACUGCCCACCAGGUGGAUCGUUGACACCAGCCGGUCCGGCGUCGCUGGCAUUCGAACGCGCUGGGGGUCGUGGUGCAACGUGAAGAACGCGGGGAUCGGAGAAUGCCCCCAGGCGGAUCCCGCUGAUGCUCCGCAAAUUGACGCUGUGGUCUGGAUCAAGCCGCCUGGGGAGAGCGAUGGUCACGCAAAGGAGAUUCCGGAGCCGCUUCCCGUGGAUCGCGAAUGCGACCCCAUGGACCCGCUUGGCCUGGACGCCCUGGCAGACGCGCCGCGAGCUGGCCAGUGGUUCCAGGAGCAAUUCGCCAUGCUGGUUCGCAACGCCAACCCGCCCAUGCCUGCUGGAGAGGUGGACCCGCCCCCGCCUGCUGACCCGUGCAUGACCGACCCGCAGACAAACCCCGCGUGCGAUCCGUUCUGGAAGAACCUGGCAGUCAAGUACUCGCCGCAGUACAAGUUCCACACCGAUGAGACCAUCUGGCCAAUCACGAUCGACGAUUACCUCACAAAUGACUGCCUCCAAAGGCUUUUUUUCUGA